AUGUCUGCCGAAUUACAACAGUUGAUCUUGUUACAGAGUCAGCAAAUACAAAGUCUGGUGGAAGCGAUCGCCAAACAAGCGGCUAAUCCUCCAACACAAAAGGAACAAGCACAGGCAGCACCACCUUUCCGUGCUUUUGAUGCAUCAAGAGAAGAAUGGCGAGAAUAUUUCGCGCAGUUGCAGGCGCACAUGACAGUCUACAAACUCACGGAUUUGGUCCGCGGCGGGUUCCAGCCGCGCCUUCCGACUUCGCUGCCGCCCCCAGGACAGCAGCAGCAGCAGCCGUCGCCGCUACCACGCCGACAGCCCGUCCCGUUGAUGCCUCCCGCGCAGCUUCAUCUGGGAGCGCCCCAGGUGGUCGCUCCGGCGCCUGCGGUCCCUCUUCAGUCGCCACCGCCUUCGGAGCUGAUGGACGUCGACCCCUCAGCCGGGCCGCCUUCCCAAGCGGUGGCUGUGCAGCCUGUCCUGCAGCCGCUUUCCUUAGGCACCCCCAAGGAGUCUGGCACCGCAGCGCCUUGUCCGGCGCCCACUCAGCAGCCGUCGACGCAGCGUCAGGAGACGCUGCCUCUCUUCGUGCGUCCCGACGCCCCGUCGCGUCCCGUACCAGAAGCUGCGCCCGUGGUCACAGGCGUGCACCCUGACCUCGGUUUUCAAUCGGUGUUUCCCGAGGCCCCGCGCAGCCAAUGCUGGGGUGCGGACCGGGGACUGCCACCGACAACAGUCUCCGCCCCGGUCUCUUCUGCUACGCCUGCGGCCAGACCCUCCCCCGCCGUCGACGCUCGCCACGUCAUUAUUCAACGACGGUGCGGCGAUUUUGGGGGGAGGAGUGUUAUAUCCUAG